CCUCAUCAACCCGACUCUGGGUAUGAUUGGUACGGAUUCUUCAUGCAUACACCCUAUGCGCCAAGCGUCACGACCAUUGGACGGUUGUCACAGUAGUUCGAGAGCUGUACAGCCAAGUACAUGCAAUAUCAUGUCACAGUGAAACAUACGACUCGUCACAGUUGUCAAACAUCUCCCAUUUCUAAGACAUUGAUUCUCAAUCAGAGACAAUAUGCAGUGAAGACUACUCUCCAGUGGACGGAUCGGCUUCCUCAACUCGGAAAUACCUCAAAUGGGAGGCAUCACAUGCCGUCAUGAACGUUCCCAUCUGGACCAAGUCGGGGUUCCCAGCAUCGUUGGCAUCCUUGUACUACCGGGUCAUUAUGGGCAUCCGUCUCGUUGCCGAUGGAGAGUGGGGUUUUUUGAGCAUGUUCGUUCGUCUUGGAUGCCUGAACACGAGUGCGUUCCCGACAUGGCCGCAUUUGCUUCCCGUUGGAUACCAACCAGGACAAGCAAGCACAGUCAUGAUCACACGGUGAUCCGGUAGCAUCCGUUUGGGUAUUUGAUACUCCUCGCAGGGAGGUAGGUGCUGUGCGAUAUCCUAGAAUUUCGAACAUAUAAAACGCCCCCACGGCGCCGCUCCAGUAUCCCCAAUCAAGCCAUCACCGCGUGCAAACUCAUCAACCACCGCCACCAUCACCAUGCUUUUCUCCCAGAUCCUACCCGCAGGGCUUUUCCUGCUCGGCCUCGCACAGGCCGCGGCUGUCGCCAGACCACGUUCGUCGCAGGAUUCCAACGCCGCGACAAUGGAGAUGGCCACGGCAACAGUCGCUAGCGCCCCUAUCCCAGUCCAGAGCGGCGUCGCGUCAAACUGCAAUUCCUUUUACCAGGUGAAGACCGGCGAUACCUGCAUCGGUAUCCAAACCCAUUUCCACAACUUCACCCUCAACGAAUUCUACAAAUGGAACCCCGCCAUCGGGACCAACUGUCAAGUUCUCCUAGCCGGCUAUUACGUCUGCGUCGGGACAGCUCCAGCUCCCACCCCAGACCCCCCAACCACCCCCUCCCCAACCCAACCGGGCAUCGCCGCUCCCUGCUCCAAGUACUACGCAGCCGUCUCAGGCGACACCUGCAUCGGAAUCACCACCCAAUAUCCCAACCUAACCGUCAGCAAAUUCUUGGAAUGGAACCCCGCCGUUGGCAACGACUGCACCAACCUCCUAGCCGGGUACUACUACUGCGUCGACGUGCCAGCCGCAGGAGGAGCUCCGAGGCAACAGUGACACUGCCGCUGCCCCUUGACGAUGACCUAGGGUAACCUGGCUUGUGUAGUAGGAGAGGGUGCAGGGCAGGGAAAUCAAAGUUCCGAUGUCACCUGCGUGGGAGAUUCGCCCUUCUUGUGUCGGGCGUGUGCCCCGCAGGUGGUACAUCCGUUGGAGACUUGCUCUGCAGGACCUGUUCUUCGUUGGGUGGGUAAACUGUGUGGUAUGGUAUGGUGUGGUGUGGUAGGAAGUGAGAUGCAUUAAUACUUAAUUUAGUUAUGUCUUUUGUCUUUUUCUUUUUGGGGGGUGGUAUUGUUAGGUACCUGUCAAGGAGGGGAUACUGUUUGUUUUAAACAGCCAUACCAUAACAUGACAUA